AGUCAUCCUAAGGCUCUGGAAAUAAAUGCCUUGGAAACCUUGGCCCGGACAAAUCAGAAUGAAGAUACGCAUGGAAUCGUGCAUACGCAGCCUGAUGCACGUUGGUUCCCUGACUACCCUGUUCCCAACGAAAAGCCCCUAAUGGCCUCUAUCCAUCUUCAGUCAUCUCGCAAAGAACGUACUAAGAACUUGAAUCAGCCGGGAAGAUUACGAAGAGACCACGAACACGGUUCUGAGAAUGGCGGGUCUUGAGAUUUCCCCAGCCGCACACCGCUGCUACGACAGUCUCUCGAGUCUUGCCCAGGAGUUCGAAAGAAGCAGAAACAAAUGGGAGUAUGAACUAAAAGAGAGGGACUUAGCGCAACUAUUUGAAAGAUUCGAGCAAUGGGCCGAGAAUCUGGGCGCUCUUCGACAGCUGAGCUCCAAGCUAUCGCUCGACCAUCGCCUACGCGAUAGCCCUACGGUCAGAGCCUCCAUCUUCAGCAUGCUUGAGGAUUUAAACGAGUCUGCCAAAAUGGCUACAGAGAUCGUCUCGGGCGGUCGACCUAACAGAGUUAUGCCGACAUUGGACAUUACUGAGGAAGAACUGGAGGAGUUCGACAUUUCCUCUAGCAGCUCUGAGUCAGGCGCAUCUAUUACCUCGAACAGCAGUCGAGAUAGUCGACACGACAAACCUUCGGAGAUACAGAAGCUUCUAUCAGCAAUCAGGACAAGCCUCAACAGCCUAUUCAAAGCUUCUGUAUUCAUCCGCAAAUUCGCGGCCGAGGAUAGACGCCAACGAGCCUCCAAAACGAAGCCUUUCGUCAACACUGCUGAUUUGAUGUACAUCAAAGAUAAGUACAGUUUCCUUUGGGAAACCAACGAACCUUUGGCAAUACGUCUAGCGGAAGCGAAUGCUCGGCGAAGACAAUACUUCAAAUAUCGUCAGCAACAUCAAGAAAAGCUGUCUUCCCAACUAGACGACAGUCUCAUUGGAAGAAGAGACGCCCACUUACGGACCGAGCCCAAGCCACUCGACGGAGAACCCCUCCGACAAGGGUCAAUCGUGUCUGGUAUGACCAAGCCCAGCAUUCUAGCGGAGACUGAAGCAACGGAAUUUGUGAGAAACAAAGCAUCAGAGGCACAACUCUUCGCGAUCUCAAGUCCAGAGCCUGCUAUGUCGGUCUUCUCGAUGGCGACCACAGUUGUGGAAGCUUCUGACACAGAGCUUCAAUUUCCGCCGAUACCCCAGGAGGGGCAGAAGAGCGAUUCGUUCUUGUGUCCAUAUUGCUUAGAAAUUGUUCUUUGGCAAACGAAAAACAAAGAAAUGCAAUGGCGGAAACACAUUAUCCAUGACUUGGAACCAUACCUGUGUCUUGACCAAACUUGUACCUUGGAUACCUUUUCUUCGGCCUAUACCUGGUUUGAACACGAGCUACUGGUCCAUCGUACGAUUUGGGAAUGUCCUUUAUGCGCCAACACGGUUCAAGGCUUCGAGGACAUGAGAGAACACAUGCAUAGCUAUCACGGAAGCAAUGUAGUGGCCAGUCAACAUCCGUCGCUUAUUAGCCAAUGCAGGCGACCAGCAAGGCAAAUUUUGGCCAGUGAUUGCCCAUUCUGUGACGACCAGUGGGCUACCGUUGAGCCGCACGCCGAGUCGCCUGCCCAAAGUGACACCGAGGACGAAUAUGAGAAUGCUGACGUUCAUGUUGAUACAGAUUCGUUUCGCAGACAUGUUGGUCAUCAUCUUGUACAGCUUUCUCUUUUUUCACUCCCACGACUUUACACAGGCGAAGUCGGAGAUUUGAACAGUGCAGGCGCUGUCCCGGAUGGUGAGAGAUAUUCCCAGAAGGGUACUGCGUUUCGACUAGGCCAAGACCAUUUAUCGCGCGGGUGGAAAGUCCUGAUCAAGAGAAUGGGUACACUGGCUACUAUCUCUCUAUUCCUCGGUUUAUACGACAAGCAAAGGCGUGGCAAUGUUUACCCCGAUGAGUUGGCUAUCGUCACUUUCGAAUCAUUACCGCCCAGCCACAAAGACAGAGGAGAUGGAUGGUUCAUUGUCCACAAUCCUACCAUCCCGAAGAUGUUUGACCUCACCCUCCUACACACAGGUAAAUUGGAUCACCCAGUUACCGAUGUGUGUUUUAGUCUGCAAGGACAUUACGUCGGAAUAUGCAGCAAUCGUAUGUUUCAAGUUCUCAAUACUGGCACCGAAGAACCCAUUUGCAGCCUGCACUCUGAAGAGAUUGUAGGACUGAGCGUUGAGGGGGGUGAUGGGGAUAUGUAUUACAGGGACGCCUGUUUUCAUCCGAACGACGAUUUAUUCAUUACAUGCUCAGAAGACAGACUGAUCCGCGUACUUGACAUCGAGUCCAGAAGUGUCAUCCAAACACUUGUCGGGCAUACGGAUGAUGUCUACAAGGUAGACAUCUCAAAAAAUGGCAAGCUUCUUGCUUCUGGGAGUGGCGAUCGCACGGUUCGACUCUGGAGCACCACUACCUGGGAAUUUCUGCACCUUAUUCGAUUACCAGACGGUGUGACAGGGGUGGCAUUUUCAAACCAAAACGAUUAUCUCAUCGCUUCUACUCUCGGAACGAUCGCGCGAGUAUGGAAACCGGACACAAUACCAAACGUUGAAGAACCUUUUGAACAGGACCAGACCCAAGCCAACAUUUGGACGUGCAGCGGCCACUCGGACUCUAUCUAUGACGUUCGAUUUUCUUCUGACGAUAAAUACGUGAUCACAGCAUCUUUAGAUGAAUCUGCCAAGGUUUUUCCGGCUGUAAGCCAACGAUGCGACGACUCGUCAAAGUCCCUGAAAUGUCUCAGCACAUUAGAGGGCCACUCGGACUAUGUAUUGAGCGUAGAAGUUAUGUCCAAUGGGUGGGUUGUGACCGCCAGCAAGGACAGGAGUGUACGAUUCUGGGACAUGGAAACCGGCAGAUCAAUUGCCAGACUGAACGCCCAUUCCAACUCGGUCAUCGCAACGGCUAUAACACCGAGCACGGGGACUGGCUUUAUGUUUGCCACUGCUUCGGGUGAUUUAAAAUGGCGCUUAUGGUCUCUUUCUCUCACUAGACCUGUCGACUCGAUGUUACCAGGGUAAAUUUUGAAAGGCCCAGAGUAUGACGUUCUUGGAUGCUUCUCUCCAAUGCAUCAUUCUACUGUCAUCUAUAAACCAGUCUUGUUGACCAUGUGCCAUUUCCUCGAACAAAAGCAUCCGUGGCUAUUACUCGGACUACAACUUGUCAAUCCCAUAAUCCAUCAGACAAGCAAAUCCAGGACUCAGCGAUGCGAUGAUUAUGUGGAAGUGUCAAUCC